GGAAUUGGCUCGUCUGGGCGGCGGGAUCCGGAAGUAGUAGUGGAACAUUUCUGAGCGCAUUUGCGGAGGAGCAGCCGUCGCCUGUUCUCGUUUCUUCGAGAAAUUGGUUUAUUUUAGCCACGAAGAACUUACUUGAGAGACAGCCAGGAUGUCAUCGACAUCUCAAAAACACAAGGAAUUUGUGGCUGAGCCCAUGGGGGAGAAGUCCGUGAUGGCAUUGGCUGGCAUUGGGGAGGUCUUGGGGAAACGUCUUGAGGAGAAAGGAUUCGACAAGGCGUACGUUGUACUAGGUCAGUUCCUUGUGCUGAAGAAAGAUGAGGAACUCUUCCGUGACUGGCUGAAAGACACAUGUGGUGCAAAUGCCAAACAGCAGGGAGACUGCUACGGCUGUCUGCGCGAGUGGUGCGACUCUUUCCUGUAGUUGUACUUGCCUGCCCCCAACGUGCUGUUUUCCCUUUUUUCCAGUCUAACCCACAUGCUCCUGUCUUUCUCUCCAGUGCUCAAUUUAUCGCAUCAUUGUGUGUAUCAUCCACAUCAUCUUACCCUCUGUAAACCGUUUCUCACGCAAGGUACCUCUUUUACGUUUUUAGUGAGUGUUGACUUUGAGGCGUUAUUUUGGCGGAUGGUCACAGCUAUGACUAAGGCCUGUUAAAGAGCGAACAUUUUAACUGAAAACUGUAAAAAGGUUCUUAUGCUAAUUUAAUCCACAUCUUAUGAUGUUCCUACAAAAAGAUUGUUGGAUUAGUUUUAUUACUUGUAUUUUGAUUGGGUAAUAUGAAAAUGCACAAAAUUGUAUGUUUCUCAGUCUGUUGACCCAAAAUGGUGUAACUUGUAAUUUAAAUAAAGAAUUGAAAUUCUGUAAUCCUUUGUGGCAUAGUGGGAACCACAAAGUUGUAUUUAAAUCCUUUGAUUACAUUAUUACCUCAGCAAGAUGAAGUUUUGCUAGAAGGUGACAUACAACCAUUGACUUGCGAAAGAUGAUUUCAGUGCUCUUCAGCUAAGGUUAGUAGACAGUAACUGACACUGGCAACUUUUUGUGACUGUGAAAGAAAGUGGGGGUUGGAAAAAAUUGUCCUUUAUGGGAAUUUUCACGUGUUUUAUUUAAAAUCGGCCCAGUGACUUUUAUGUUCAUGAACUGCAGUUUUUUAAAUAAAUGUAAUGUGAACUUUAUUGGAUGUAUUCUCUGUCAAUGUGUUCUAGUAUUUUAGAAAUAUAUGCCUUUCCUCUGAUAAGACAGAGGUAUGUAAUCAAAUAUCUCAGAGCUGUUAAAACAGUAUUUCCUUCCACUGGUCUGCUGCAAACGCAGUAAGAAACAUCUUCUACUGCAUAGCACCUCAAAUA